UUUAAAUUCACAACAAAUAAAUCAAUCAAUUACAAAUCAAAUUUUAAAUGUUCCUAUUCCUUCUUUAUUCCCUUUUCUUUUUUGCUGUUUUCCUCAUACUCUUUUUACUUCCAAAUAAGGUUCAUCACACUUCCUGAGAGCCUGAAUAAUACGUAUUUCAAUUACACAUCAUAUUGUUCUUAUAUAAUCCCUCCCACCAUUAUUACUUGCUCUUUAUUUCAGCUACUGUGGACUGUGGUCAAAUCAAUUAGUUGAAAUACCUGUGUUAAAAUACUUCUGCUGGUAUACCAUUGAAACACUUCAACUAACAAAUAUCAAGUCAACUCCUAGUUUCAUAGCUUAAGUAUAUCAAUUUCAAUUAUCAUGGAAAACCUAAGCUUGAUUGGCAAUUAUAAAAUUCAUCUAAUUCAAAAUAUCAGCGAUAUCACUGACAAUGUCAAUAUUGUUAAUAAUAUCAUUGAUGAAUACUGGAAUGAAUUCGGGAUUAAAUUCAUCAGCUUGAGCUUAAUUAAAGAUUCGAUAUUCAUUUUCUUUUUAACAAAUUUAGUUUUAAAAUUGUUUGGAAUUGUUUUACAAUUAUUAAAUAACAUUUACAGCCACGGGUUAAGAAACACAAUUCAUUUUCACUACAAAAAAUUAUCCAAAAAAAUUUUCAAGACAAUUUUUUUAAUACCUUCGAUUAAAAGGAGAAUCGAUUCAGAGAUAAAUGAAUCGUUAGAGAAAUUAGAAAACCAAUUAGUUGUUAGUUCAAAUGGCAAUGAAAAAUUCAGAGACUUUUUCAAAAUUCCACACAAAAGUCUAUCCGACGAAGAAAUCUUUAAUGAGUUAAAUAUUUAUGAGAAAUUUAAACAUAGUGAUUGGGAAAAUGGAAAGGUUUCAGGCGCAGUUUACCAUGGCGGCAAAGAGAUUAUAGGAUUGCAAUCCAGAGCAUUCAAACAGUAUUGCGUGGCAAAUCAAUUACACCCCAAUGUAUUCCCAGGGGUACGUAAAAUGGAAAGCGAAAUAGUUUCAAUGGUUAUUAAUUUAUUCAAUGGAUCAACAAAAGAAGAAUACUGCGGUACUACAACCAGUGGAGGAACAGAAUCAUUGAUCUUAGCAUGCUACUCAGCAAAAAAUUAUGGGUAUAAAUAUAAAAACAUUUGUGCACCGGAGAUUAUUGCGCCAAUAAGCAUCCAUGCAGGAAUUGACAAGGCUUGCUCAUAUUUCAAUAUUAAAUUACAUAAAGUCGAGUUGGAUCCAGUUAGUUAUAAAGUUGAUUUAAGAAGAGUUAAGAGGUUGAUUAAUAAGAAUACGGUUUUAAUUUGUGGGUCAGCGCCAAAUUUUCCUCAUGGUAUUGUCGAUGAUAUCAAGGGGUUGAGUGAGUUGGGUACCAAGUAUGAUGUACCAGUUCAUGUUGAUUGUUGUCUUGGAUCAUUUAUUAUAUCGUAUAUGGAAAAAUCAGGAUUUAAAGAUGAGAUUCCAGUAUUCGAUUUUCGAUUAAAGGGAGUCACAUCGAUUAGUUGUGAUACACACAAAUAUGGGUUUGCACCCAAGGGCUCAUCGAUUAUAAUGUACAAGAAUAAGAAGCUAAGAGAAUGUCAAUAUUAUGUUUCUACGGAUUGGGUUGGAGGAAUCUAUGGAUCACCAACUAUCGCAGGCUCAAGACCCGGAGCGCUAAUGGUUGGAUGCUGGGUGACAUUGUUGAAGUUUGGAGACGAAGGAUAUAUCAAAUCAUGUCAAGAGAUAAUCAAAGCGUCUCGAAAAUUGAAGAAAAGCAUAGUUGAGGACGAAGAUUUAAAUAAGGACUUGGAGUUGAUCGGGGAUCCAAUGUUGUCAGUCAUUUCAUUUAAGUCUCAGAGCAUCAACGUGUACGAGCUUUCAGAUAUCUUGAACAAAAAGGGAUGGGAAUUGAGCAGUAUUCAGAAGCCACCUGGACUACACAUUGCUCUCACAGCACUUACAGUGCCAGUGAUUGAAGAAUUGGUGGAGGAUAUGAAAAUGGGGAUCCGAGAAUUAAAGGCUCGACAGAGAGAAAAUGGAGAGGCAAACAAGGGCGCCCAAAGUGACACAGCAGUAUUGUAUGGGAUUGCAGGAAGCAUCAAGACUCCAGGAAUUGUUGAUCGACUAGUGGUAGGCUUCAUCGACACGCUUUACAAGCCAGCACAGGACGUAUAGGCAGCACAAACAAG